AUGAACCGGUGGGCCCCAGGACCGAGUUUGGGAACGCUGACAAUUCAGGUGGCAGAAUGUGCAUUCACACUGAUGUCUGUUUUCUGGCUGACUGAAGCCUUGCCCCCUGGCUGUGACUGCUCUCCUCUGUUCGGCAUAUUAAAAUCCACCCAGGUAGCGUCUGCCUACUUUAGAGACUUCCACCUCCUGCUCACUGAGGUCAUUGGUGCUGCCACCUCUUUUGGGAAAUGGAACCUCCACAAGAAGUUGGUCAUCUUUGUCAGGGUCAACCUUGGAUGGUUGAUGUUGGGCAUCAUGGUCAGUUCCAGCUCUGCUCUCCUCUCUAUGCGGCUGGGCAACAUGCUCAUGCCCCUCGUAGAGGCGGUCAUCCAACAGAUAAUGAAAGCAGAGAGCGAGGUCACCACACGGUGGGAGAGCCCGCUGACCAGCUGCUCCAACCCUGCCCUGCAGCUGGACACGGAGGGCUCAGGUGCCUAUUCCAGGGCCAUAGGGCUGGUACUGCAGUGA